AUGGCAAAACGGACUCUAGAUGCAUUCUUCAAACUAUCAACCAACACACCCUCAAAUUCAACACCAAAACGUCCCAAAAACGAAGAAGCCCAACCAACCCUCAAAACCUCACCACCACCCCAAACCACACCCUUAGAAGAACCAAUUCCCCCAAGCACACACCCAAGCUACCCAAUCCCAAUAGCAAACCUACCCACACAUAUCCAAGUCGGCCUAGAACAUGCAACACCAGCCCGAGCACCCCGCGAACAAAAAAACCAACCACACCUCGACCUCCUCCAUUUCCAACCGUACAUACCAAAAGAAACAGCAAAUGAACUCUUCAAAUUCCUCCGUCGCGAACUCCCCUUCUACCGCGUUCAAUAUAAAGCACGAAGAGGCGAUACAGAGACGCAGAUAAACACGCCUCGCUUCACGACUGUUUUCGGCGUUGAUGAGACGGGGAUAUUUGUCGAAGAUAAGAACAAGCACAAGCAUACCAAAUCCAAGUCUGAUCCAAAUUCAGACUUGAAUGGCGACAACAACAACAGUCACGACCUCAACCUCAUCCUCCUAGACUCCAAAACGAACCUCCAACCGCCAAAACACAAAUACAAACAAACGCCCCGGCCUAUCCCACCCUGUCUGGAUAUCCUCCGGCGGCAAGUGGAGAAAGACACAAACGUGAAAGAAAGCUAUAAUUUCUGUCUUGUGAAUUACUACGCCAGCGGCGAGGACAGUAUAGCCUUCCACUCGGACGACGAGCGGUUUCUCGGCGUCGAGCCUAAUAUUGCUUCUUUGUCGUUGGGUGACAUGUAA